AUGGAUACUUACGGCGACCGACGCGACCGAGACUUUAACGAUGGUCCCUUCAAUGAGGGUGAUCAGGGCUUCAAUGACCAAGGCUUCCAGGAGACAACUGUCCAAGACCAGAGCUUUCAGGAGCAAAGCUUUCAAGGACAACAAGGAGGUUACGGAGCCGACUUUGGUAACACCGACCAACAGGGCGAUUACAACGCAUACGGGACUGGCCCUCAGGGUGGUGAUGUAGGCUACGACCAAGACAAUAUAGGAUACCAGGGUGGCGGAAAGCCAUCAAUCGGUCAAAAGAUUAAGGGCGAACUGGAAGAAGUAGCUGGUAAGCUCACCCGGAAUCCUGGGAAGGUAGAGCGCGGUAAGGAAGAAAAGGCCGGCUGGUGA